AAGAAUAAAAUAGUUGUAUUUAUUAUCCAAGUUUUGAAACAAAUUAAAUACAAGAAAUUAUAUUGUAAUUGACGACACCCAUACAAUGUAUAUUGUUCACUGAUGAAUAAAGAGAAUGAUUCAUUGAUUGGUUAAUAAUUAUAUCAUAAACAUGUAGAACAUAAUGAUUAACAAUGAUGUGCAAAAAGACAACGGGAGGACGAUGGUAACACUCAUCCUGUCAUAUCAAAGUUCUGUAACUCGUGUAACAAACAGUACAUUCAACUUGUUGAGACAGGCAACUGACUUUAGCACCCAUUUUCGAUCUCCACUUUAUAUUUUCUGUUGUUUGAAGCUCCAAUAAAAACCGUAUUUCCGUCUAUGAUCACUGGCUUUUUGUGCGGAUUGGACUAUUCAAGAAGCGCGAAAAAAAAAAACGAAAACAACAAAAGCCUUUUUAUUCUUUUAUCAGAUAUCUACUAUUGCAAGAAUCAUUCUUGGAUUAAUGAACAUUGCUGUCCCAUGCUCUUAACUUCUACUCUCCGUUGAUUAGCAUUACAUGCACCACCUUGUACGAGUCAUCGUUCAGCUUUUUGUGUUAUCCUUUCGUACAUAUGUCCUAAGUUACAUAUUUUGAUAGUUUACUGUCGAGCUCGUAAGACCCAGAAAAGCGCCACAUUCGAGACAAAUGAAUCGUAGAAUGGACUUCUACGUUACUACACUUUUGAGGCAAUCUUCUACUGGCAUUGACGGCCGAAGACCCAGCUAUAAUACUUCCAUUUUUAACAUAAACGAGCUAUGUAUCUAGCGUUCAUCGUAGUUAUGAUGACUGUAUUCUGACCAUUUUAUCCAUAAAUUCACAUACGCGAUUAGCAAUAAACACCAGCGGUGACCCCCAACACUCCGAUUAUAGCUAAAUUAAGCAAAGAGAUUGAAUACUGUCAUUUCUGUUGUUCAGCAGAGGCGGUAUGAAACAUAUCACUUCGGUCUGUGCAAUCUCUCUGAUUCGUGCUUGCCUGCCUGCUUGGAGAAAAUAGACAAUGGCGACAAGCAAGUGGCGUGUGUUUGGCUGUGGCAAAGUUUAAAUAAUCCUUUAUGUCUGUUGCAUCUUUGCGUUUUUACUUUCCUGUUGGCUCUAUCAUCUCACAACGAUAUCAAGGGACGCUAUCACGGUUGAAACGAAUGCAAGUUCUGUAUAAGAACUUGUGAAGAGUAAAGGUAUUUGUGUCCAAGCUACAGGCCCGCACCCGAAAAGUGACAAAUGCAACUGAUUGAGGCACAGUGUUGGAACUAAAAUGUUAAAGUAAGUCGAUCUUACUUAUGUUGCCAUUGUAUUAUAGACAAUAUGCCCCGUGUUGAAAGUGUUGAUGCAGUUUCAUGUUUGCGUCAAGUUCGUGCAAGACAGAUUGAAAGGAUAACGUUUAUUUAUAAUUUGAGAACAGACAGAGGAGGUUAAGGAAUAUCAGAGGGAUGGUAAAGUGAAGGGACAUGAGCCAUAACAUUGCAGGGAUGGCGCCCUUUGUGAGCAUGCCAAGGGGGAGGAACCACAUGUAUUUCCAGGGCCCUGGGGGAGAGCCGCAACACAUUCAGCGAGGACCCUGUUUUCAUGAUGAAAGGAAUGAUAAACAUCUGCCGAAUGCAUGUGGAAUGCCACUUGGAGGACUUGGACCAGAAUUCAAACCACCUGUGGUGGGAACUGUCCCUGAUCCUCCACCUCCGAAAAAGAAGCGGCGAUCAUCAAACGCGAACACCACCCCUGUUGUACAGGCGCCUCCUCCAAUGCAAGAUCUCCUUCCACCACCUCUUACUGGUUAUGGUGAUACCAUUGUGGCGUCCAAUCCUUUCGAUGACACUCCACCCCAGAUGUCGUCGAUGAGCAUGAGUCACAGCCAUCACGUCCACAUGAAUCAUCACCACCACCACCAUCACAUGGGUGGUCCUCCUAUGGGAGGCAUGAGUCCCAUGGGCAACAUGGGUGGGCCACCUAUGGGCAGCAGUAGUCACAUGAGUGGCCCACCGAUGAACAACAUGGGCAGCCACACCAUGGGAGGACCCAUCAGCAGUGGCCAGAUGGGAGGUCCACCCAUGAGCAGUGGUCCUCCGAUGGGCAGUCCUAUGAACAGCUGUCCUCCUAUGGGAAGCCCCCUGAACAGCGGAACUAUGGGUGGUCCCAUGAGUACGAGUGGUCCUAUUGGUAGUCCAAUGAACAACAUGGGUAGCACAAUGAUGAGUGGAAGUUCAAUGGGCAGUCCAAUGGGUGGCCCAAUGGGAAGCCCAAUGAGUGGUAUGGGUGGUCCUACAAUGAACAGUAGUCAUAUGAAUAAUGGUCCAAUGGGUGGACCAUUGAACAGCAGUCACUUAGGAGGUCCUUCCAUGAACAACAUGGGUGGUCCGAUAGGUGGUCCACCAAUGAACAGUAGUCCGUUAAGUGGUCCUCCAAUGAACAGUAGUCCGAUGGGUGGCCCAGCAAUGAGCAAUAGUCCUAUGGGGGGACCUCCAAUGAACAAUGGACCAAUGGGUGGCCCAUCUAUGAACAGUUUGUGUGGUCCGCCAAUGAACAGUGGUCAUAUGGGAGGUGGCAUGAACGUCACACCGAUGAACAACAUGGGCUCAAUGAGUCCUAUGAAUCAUCACCAUUCUCCGCACCCUCAUCCUAUGGGAAACAUGGGACCUAUGGGUGCUAUGAGUGGUAACAUGGCUCCUAACAUGCAUCCCAUGGGGAUGCAUGGACCAUCACAUCCACCGCAUGGCUUCCCUGGACCUGGUAUGGGGCCAAAGCCAAUGCCAGUCUCAGCGGGAAAAGUAUAUCCUCCAGAUCAGCCAAUGGUGUUCAAUCCCCAGAAUCCCAAUGCACCUCCUAUUUAUCCCUGUGGAACAUGCCACAAGGAAGUCCAUGACAACGACCAAGCAAUUUUGUGUGAAUCGGGUUGUAACUUCUGGUUUCAUAGGGUUUGCACAGGUUUGACUGAAACUGCCUACCAACUCCUGACAGCAGAAGUUUAUGCUGAGUGGGUUUGUGACAAGUGCUUAACUUCCAAAAACAUACCACUAGUGAAAUUCAAACCGUAACAGACAUCAGCAACAAUUUGAGUUUCCUGCCUGCAAAUGCUAUUUGCCACCUAGGUUCUUUUUUGUUUUAAAAAAAGUUUGAAUGAGAGUGUGCAUUGUGCUCUGUAUGGUUGAAAAACUAUUGAAGACACAAAAGUAAUUGUAAUCCAUUCAUUCUUUCCCUUUAUGUCUGUGACUUUUGAAUAUAUUUUCCUGUUAAUACUUAACAAACAGCGCUUUUGACAAGUGUGUUGUUUUUAUUUCUUAGCUUUUAGGCAGCUAACAAGUUUUUUACUAAGUGAAAACACAAUCAAAUUGGUGACUAUUUGUAUGUAUAAUGAAAUUGUGUUCACAUUACAUUACAUUUUGUUUUGCAGAAUUGGUAAAAAUACUUGACUGUUUUUGAUAUAUAUAUUUUGAGAUAAUUUUUGUACAUACAAUGAUGAAUGGUUGGACUCUUUGUGAAAUAAGGUUUGUUUCUUCUUCCUAUGUAAGAUAAAUGAGUGGAAGAGUCUCCUUGAAAAUGAGGUCACAGAGAAAGUUUUAAGUUUGUAACUUGGUCAAUACUAAGCAGCGUAUAAUUCUGUAUGAUCUUGUAUAAAAUUAUGAAAAUAUCAUCAUACUUAAAAACAUUUACCUGAGUAUGUGAAACUGAAAUGAAAGAAGUGCAUAGUUUAUUUUUUAUCAUGUGAAUAAAAUAUAUUAGCAAUAAAUUUGUUAUACUUUAAAAAUGGUUUUAUUGCCUUUUUUGUUGCAUGUAAACAAAUCAGGUACUAUCCAAAACAGGAAAUUUUCUCAUUAUUUCUUGAACAGCUUUAUUAAAUUUAACACUUCAUUCCAUGUGAACAAAAACACGAGACUUCGCCAUUCCUGUUCCAACUUUGUGUUUUUGCAGCUGAAAGUAAUGGAAUGAGUCAAAGACAGAUGGAACUUCACAUCAUUCAAUCAUUGAUGUUGGUGGUGCUCUCUUUUCUCAAGCUCCUGUAAUCUGAAUGUAUUAGUCAGACAACGAACCGCCUGAGUCUUCGUCGAACGGAUAUCUCCUUCUUUUCCAUUUUCCUCUGCAUAGACAUUUUGUGAUAUCUGUGGCCGAUUGAGAAUUGGAACAUUGUUGCAAGUCACUUUCAGACCUGUAAACAUUAAUAACUGCUAGAAACAAAAA